GCACUCGGACUCUAUACGUUUGUGAAUUAGACUGGCAACAGUGUAAAGACCGAAAAUCUAAAAAAUGGCGGCGGUAGCAGCAGCUAAAGUUCAAGAAGUUCGAGAAGUUACUCGAAUUGAGAGGAUUGGUGCUCAUUCUCAUAUCCGUGGAUUAGGUUUAGAUGAUUCUCUGGAUCCAAGGCCGGUUUCUCAAGGAAUGGUUGGACAAAUGCAAGCACGUAGAGCUGCUGGUGUUAUUUUAGAAAUGAUAAAGGAAGGAAAAAUUGCAGGCAGAGCAGUUCUUAUAGCUGGUCAGCCUGGAACAGGAAAAACUGCUAUAGCAAUGGGUAUGGCUCAAGCACUUGGAUCAGAUACUCCUUUUACAGCUAUAUCUGGAAGUGAAAUUUUUUCUUUAGAGAUGUCCAAAACAGAAGCUCUUACUCAAGCAUUUCGCAAGUCAAUUGGAGUAAGAAUUAAAGAAGAAACUGAAGUUAUAGAAGGAGAAGUGAUAGAAAUUCAAAUUGAUAGACCUGCUACAGCUACUGGAGCAAAGAUUGGCAAAUUAACUUUGAAAACUACAGAAAUGGAGACAAUAUAUGAUUUAGGACAGAAAAUGAUUGAAUCAUUAACUAAAGAGAAGGUACAAGCUGGAGAUAUAAUUACUAUUGACAAAGCUACUGGAAAAAUUACUAAACUAGGGAGGUCUUUUACACGAGCUCGAGAUUAUGAUGCCAUGGGUCCUCAGACAAAAUUUGUUCAGUGCCCAGAAGGUGAAUUGCAAAAACGUAAAGAAGUAGUGCAUACAGUGACGUUACAUGAAAUUGAUGUAAUCAACAGUCGAACGCAGGGAUUUUUAGCAUUAUUUUCAGGUGAUACUGGUGAAAUUAAGGGAGAAGUCAGAGAACAAAUAAAUGCCAAAGUAGCCGAAUGGAGAGAAGAAGGAAAAGCAGAAAUCGUUCCAGGCGUAUUAUUUAUUGAUGAAGUACACAUGUUAGACAUAGAAUGUUUUUCGUUUUUAAAUCGUGCCAUGGAAAGUGACCUUGCUCCUGUUUUAAUUAUGGCAACUAAUCGAGGCAUAACUAGAAUUCGUGGUACUAAUUAUCAGAGUGCUCAUGGACUUCCCAUCGAUCUGUUAGACAGACUUGUUAUUAUAUCAACUUCACCUUAUGAAGAAAAGGAAAUAAAACAAAUUCUUAAAAUAAGAUGUGAAGAAGAAGAUGUAGAAAUGAGUGAUGAUGCUCUUACUGUUCUUACAAGAAUUGGAAUGGAAACAUCUCUUCGCUAUGCAAUUCAGUUAAUUACAACAGCCAAUCUUGUUUGUCGUAAAAGAAAAGCAACAGAAGUAGCCAUAUCGGAUGUUAAGAGAGUCUAUUCAUUAUUUUUGGAUGAAUCUCGCUCGACACAAUUUCUUAAAGAAUAUCAACAAGAAUUUAUGUUCAACGAGAUGGGUAUAGAUACAGAAGGAGAAACAAUGGAAAUAUCGUGAUGUUUUACAGUAAAUAUAGUAAUGCUACUGGACAA